AUGAAAGGGCCAAAGUAAAAUGUAUUAAUUAUUUAUUACUUCAAAAGCUUUACAAACUAGAAAAUUAUAUAGUUUUUUAGAAGCCAGUUCAGAUAUCACCUCCAUCUACACCAGAAGAAAUUUAUACAAUACAACCUAAACCUAGCUUAAGCACUUUAAAGAAAAAAAGUACUAAUAUGGAAACAAGCAGCUCAAACUAAUAAUAAAAUCAUUAAGACAAUAAUAAUGCCAAUUCACCUAAUUUUCCAUAGAGUGUUUCUCCAAAAAGGUUAGGUGAAUAAUGUGUAUCUCCUUUGAAAUUAAUGAGAAAUACUUAUGAUAAUAUUGACAGUCCAAUCUCAAGACGUUUACCUAAUAGAAGAGCAACUAAAUUAUGUACUAAAGUUUUGUAAAAAUAUAAAAAUAAGUAUUUUAUAUGA